AUGAAAGUUCUGAUUGUCCUGGUCCUGCUGGGCCUGUGCUGCUGGCCUGUGAGUGCCUCAGUGCAAAGCUGUGGGAGAAGCUGCGGGACCCGGCCCUUGGCUGAGCACCACGGGGUGUUGCGCGUCGUGGGCGGCAGCGAUGCCUCCCCGGGAGCCUGGCCCUGGAUCGUCAGCAUCCAGCUUCCCGGGGCAGCGGGCAGCGGGCACAUCUGCGGAGGCUCCCUCAUCCAUCCCCGGUGGGUCCUGACCGCAGGACACUGCUUUGACAAGUACAGGAACGUCCCAACGUGGCGCAUGGUGUUCGGGGCCACCCGGCUGUCUGAGCUGGGCCCCGAGGCCCAAGUGCGCAAGAGCAAGCGGCUGCUGAUCCACGAGAGCUACCGCAAAGGCGCCUUCGAGAACGACAUCGCCCUGCUGGAGCUGGACGAGCCCGUGCAGUGCAGCGACUACGUGCAGCUGGCCUGUGUGACUCACUUCUCCGACGUGGUGGUGUCGCAGCUCACAGACUGCCGCGUCGCUGGCUGGGGCUACACCGCAGAAGGCUCUGCAGAAACAUCCGACGUGCUGCAGGAGGCCAAGGUCCGCCUCAUCAAUGUCAAGCUCUGCAACAGCAGCGAGUGGUACGGAGGGGCCGUGCGCAGCUACAACCUGUGUGCUGGCUACCCGCGGGGCGGCAUCGACACCUGCCAGGGUGACAGCGGGGGCCCGCUCGUCUGCAGAGCUCCACACGCCAACUUCUUCUGGCUCGUGGGCCUGACCAGCUGGGGGAAAGGCUGUGCCAGACCAAAGCAGCCUGGGGUCUACACCUCCACCCAGCACUUCUUCAACUGGGUCCAGUCACGGAUUCGCUCAGGAGGAACUGUGGGCUACGGCGAGUCCUGCAGCAUCCCUGGGAUCCCACCCCCAGCCUCCUCAUUGCCCGCACUGGGUUUUCUCAGCAGCACCAUCCAGUGGAGACGCCCCCAAGGCCGAGGGGACAGCAAAGAAAGAGACCUGUCUGGGCGCUGUGUGAGGACAGAGGUGUUGGGGCAGUGCCAGCAAAUCCCGCAGUGGCUGCGGGUGCGUGGGAAGCACGUGCCAGGGCCCGUCCCAGCGGUGCAGCACCGCGUGGGCUGCUGGCCAGGGCUCCUAAAGGGGACUCAGCCUUUGUUCCGUGCCCGAGACUCGGCUGUGGGGCCGUGGGAAGGAGCCUUGCGUUGA